ACUCAUAUGUCUGUUCAUUGUGGUUUCUGGUGCAGGUGGAUUCAGGCUACAGCGAAGCAAAAUAAUGCAACAUCAAGCUUACCAACCUGUUUUGCCCUGUGUUAAUAAAUAUCUGCAAUACAGAUGGGACAAAAACUGCUAUGAGAUGCACAGGAGCAAGGUUAAAUCCGCAAAACCAACUAUCAACACAACUCCCCCGAAAACCUAUGGCCAUCUACUUGUCAAGUUUAAGAAAAGACAGCUUGAAGAAGAACGGGUUUCGAGAAUCGAAAGAGAAAAUCAGAUGCUUCUUGAUAAAAUGUCCCAUAUAAUGCAGACCAGCGGGGGAGUUGACUGUAGACAUGACUAUGUAAAGAAAAGUCUUGGCUCAGAGAAAAGACAGCUGGAGCUGCUUCGCAUCGCCAAAGAGAAUCAGUGGAUCCUUCAGCGUUUGUCCACCUGCAGGCCGCGUUACAGCGUUCACGUGUGGCACGAGCAGUGGCUUAAAAACCUUGAGCUCAUGGAGAAUAUAGGGAGAUAUCCGCGUCUGUACACCGCACAGAGAUCCUCCUUGCCACCAAUUUCAGCAGACAGACAUGGGAAGGUAGAGAACAAGAAAUAUGCAAGAAAUGAGGAUGAACGGUCUGCUAACACUAGGAAUGAGAUGAAGAAAAAUGAUGAGAAGACAAAAUCUGAAUACAAAGUUACAUCUGAAGACGAAGCGUAAUUCAUGCAAGAGUGUAAAUCUUAAAGACUUAAUUCGUAAAGAUGUUUUCUAUAUG